AUGCCUUCCAAAGAUCGUCCAUUCGAGAAGAUCCUCAUCGUCGGCGCCGGGCCAUCAGGUCUUCUCCUCGCCCUCCUCCUCGCCCUCCUCCUCGCCCUUCUCCUCGCCCUCCUCCUCGCCCAACGCAACAUCCCCUCCCUCGUCCUCGAAGCCUGGCCAACUCUCGACACCCGCCUCCGCGCAACCCAGUAUGGCGUGCCUGCAACUCGCAUCUUUCGCCGCGCUGGCCUCCUUCCCGACUUUCGCGCCGCCUCUAUCCCGAAGUUUCCCGCCAUAUGCUGGAGACGCGUCGCAGACGGGGAGAAGCUCAUCGAAAUCGACAUGAGCUUGGUGGAGGAUGAGGACGAUCGUAUGACGGUGCUGCAGCUCGGGAUCAUCAUUCAAAUCAUGUAUCGGCACUGCAUGGAGAGGUUUGGACCGGACGGGAGUGAGAGGAAGGGUCUGAUCGAGGUGAGAUUUGAGCAUCGGGUUGUGGCCACGGGACAGGACAAAAAUGGAAAGAAGGCGUGGGUCGAUGUUGAGAUUGGCGGUGAGAAGAGGAGGGAGCGGGUUGAGGUGGAUUAUGUGGUGGGUUGUGACGGUGCGAGUAGCGCUGUGCGUCGCAGUCUAUACGGACACGAGUGGCUGGGACAGACAUGGGAUUGUCGUUUCGUGGUGCAGGAUGUCUUUUAUGAUGGAUUCGAGAAGCAUGGAUGGGACGGCGGGAAUUACAUGGUUGAUAAUGACCAUUGGGGUCUGAUCGCAAAGCGUGGACAUGGCGGGCUGUGGAGAGUGACUUACGGAGACUCGAAAGUCGGGUUAAGCGAUGAGGAAUACCUGGACCGACGGCCAUGGCACUUCAAGGCAAUGCUACCUGGUAAUCCGGACCCACAUGAAUACCGCAUCGAGCAGACCAAUAUGUACAACAUCCACAACAGAUGCGUACCAUCUUUCAAGGGAUGUCUGGAUGUGGGUGGUCUUGCGGACUCCUACAUCGGCUACUACGAAGGCAAGGCCAGCGAAGAGAUUCUGCAGACUUACGCAGAUGUGAGAAGAGACAUCUUCUUGAAGUACGUGGACGCGAUGAGUAUCAAGAACCUUGAUCGUGUGCGCAAGAGCGAUCCUUGGACUGUCGUGGAGACGGACAAGUUCUUCGGCAUUAUCAAGGGACUCAAUGACGACCAACAGGCGUUGAAGGAGUUCUUGAUGAAGGUUUCGAGCAUUGAGUACGACUUCACGCAACACUACCACGGAGCUGAACCUGGCUCAAUGAAGAGCUCAAAUGGCAGCCUUGAGGAUCGCAUACUUCCUGCAACCAUCACUGUCUGA